AUGCUCAAGGUGCUCUGGCGACUCGUGCACGCCACGCAAAUGUUCGCGAUCCUCGGCGCGGUCCUCGGCGGCCUGGCGCUCGCGGGUCUCUACACGUUCCAGAACUCGUUGAUCUACCCGGCGGCCCUCAACGACGGCCGCGGCUACUGCGCCACGCCCGACGAGAUGGAGAUGCCGGACUACGAGGAGCUCUUCUUGACCACCGAGGACGGCGUGGAGCUCCAGUGCUACGUGCUUCGCCAGGACAGGGCCUCCGCGGCGUACACCAACAAGACUGUGGUCAUUCUCUCGCCGAACGCCGGCAACAUCGGCCACGCGCUCCAGAUCGUGGCCAUUUUCUACAAGACCUUCGGCUACAACGUGCUCAUCUACUCGUACCGCGGGUACGGCAAGUCCUCGGGCACGCCGCUGGAGGCCGGGUUGAAGCUAGACGCCAAGCGCGUCGUGGAGUACGUGUCGCGCGAGGACGAGCAGCUUCUGCAGACGUCGCUUGUCUUGUAUGGGCGGUCCUUGGGUGGCGCCGUGGCCAUCCACAUGGCGGCCACGUACCCGCAGGCGGUGCUGGGCGUCGUGUUGGAAAACACGUUCCUCUCGAUCCCCAAGACCGUGCCGCACGUCUUCCCGGCGCUCAAGUACUUCACCAUGUUCGUCCACCAGGUGUGGGACUCCGAGCGGCUCGUGCCCUUGAUCCCGGAGCUGACGCCGCUCCUUCUUCUCAGCGCGCGGAGGGACGAGAUCGUGCCCCCGGCGCACAUGGACCGCCUCUUCCUGCUCCUGAAGGCGCUGCUGAAGACGUUGCACAGGUUUGAACACGCGUGCCACAACGACACGGUCACGUACCCGGCCUACUGGGACAUUGUGCACCGCUUCAUCCGGGAGCAGGUCAACCCGGUCGGGUACUAG